AUGGCAAAAUUUUGUUCUAGACUUCUCUUCUUGUCUUCCAUUUGCAUGUUCAUUGCUCAAGUCAUUGCUCAGCCAAACUUCCUAUACCAAUCUUGUUUAAAAAAUGGUAACUACACAAGCAACAGUACUUACAAAGCAAACCUCAAUCAACUCCUCUCCUCCCUCUCUUCCAACACUGAAAUUGACUAUGGGUUCUACAAUUCUUCUUAUUGCCAAAACCCGGACAAAGUGUAUGCAAUUGGACUUUGUAGAGGAGAUGUUAAGCCAGAUGUUUGCCGUAGUUGCCUCAACAACGCUACUAAUCUUCUCCCACUGCUCUGUCCAAAUCAGAAGGAAGCAAUAGGAUGGUAUGACUAUUGCAUGUUACGCUACUCAUUCCGCAACAUAUUUGGCAUCAAAGAAAAUCCUUCUUUCUAUCUGUCGAACACUAAUAACAUAUCAGCCAAUAUUGUGGAUCAGUUCAAUCAGGACCUCAGGACCUUGUUGGAUAGCCAAAGAAAUCGAGCUGCAGCAGGUGGUUCUCUUCGUAAGUUUGCGGUAGGAAAUGCGACAGCACCAAACUUCCAAACACUUUAUGCACUUAUGCAGUGCACCCCUGACCUGUCUCAGCAAGAUUGCAAUGAUUGCUUGGUUGGGUCUAUGGGAGAUAUUCCUCAAUGUUGUAAUGGGAAGCAAGGAGGGCGAGUUGUUGGACCCAGCUGUAAUUUAAGGUUUGAACUAUAUCUCUUCUAUGACUCCACAGCUGAUACUGUAAUACAACCGUCACCAUCAUCACCUCCACUAGUGCCACCAGUAUCUCCAUCUCCACCAUCAACGAAUUCCCCUGCUGCAAAAGGAAAAGAGAGUAACAAAUCUCUAACUGUCAUCAUUAUAGUUGUGCCCAUUGUUGCUUUCGUGGUACUCAUAAUCUCCAUUUGCAUCUACUUAAGAGUAAGGAAACCAAGGGAGAAACCAGAAAGCGACGAAGCUGUGGACGAGAUUACAAGUGCGGAAGCAUUGCAAUAUAACUUUGGUACCAUUAGAGUUGCAACAGAUGACUUUUCUGAUGCAAAUAAACUUGGUCAAGGUGGAUUUGGUGCUGUUUACAAGGGUAAGCUUUCCAAUGGACAAAUUAUUGCUGUUAAACGGCUAUCAAGAGAUUCCGGCCAAGGAGAACAAGAAUUUAAGAAUGAAAUUUUGUUAGUGGCCAACCUUCAACAUCGGAAUUUAGUUAGGCUCCUAGGAUUUUGCUUGGAAAGAACUGAAAGGCUUCUAAUUUAUGAGUUUGUGCCCAAUAAAAGCCUUGAUCGCUUUAUUUUUGAUCCAAUAAAAAGUGUGUAUCUAAAUUGGGAAAAGCGCUAUAAAAUCAUAGAAGGCAUUGCUCGUGGACUUCUUUAUCUUCAUGAAGAUUCUCGACUUCGUAUUAUUCAUCGUGAUCUCAAAACUAAUAAUAUUUUAUUAGAUUCAAAUAUGAACCCGAAAAUUGCAGAUUUUGGCUUAGCUAAAUUGUUUGCACUUGAUCAAAGUGAAGACAAUACAAAUAGAAUUGUGGGGACCUUUGGAUAUAUGGCUCCAGAGUAUGCAAUGCAUGGACAAUUCUCAGUGAAGUCUGAUAUCUUUAGUUUUGGCGUGCUGGUUUUGGAGAUAAUAUCUGGGAAAAAGAAUAGUUGCUUCCGACAUGGAGAAAAAAUAGAGGACCUUCUAAGCUAUGCAUGGAAAAAUUGGAGAGAGGGAAAAGCUUUAAAUCUUGUAGAUUCCACAUUGAAGGCCGGUUCAACGAAUGAAAUAAUGAGAUGUAUCCAUAUUGGAUUGUUGUGUGUUCAAGAAAAUGUAGCUGACAGACCAACCAUGUCCUCAAUUGUUCUUAUGCUUAAUAGCUACUCUCUCACUCUGCCAAUACCUUUACAGCCUGCAUUUUUCAUGCAUAGUAAUAUUGAAUCAGACCCAUCCUCACAAUGGGAGUAUGAUCCAAAGAGGACAGAUUCCGAUCAAUCAAAAGGCAGCUUGGUCUAA